AUUUUCGAAGAUAGCUGGCUGAGGGGAUAAUAAACAUUCAUCGUCAUAUUAACGAGUAAUGAAGACAAAUUUCAGUUUUGUUGGUCUGGUUGCAAACAUUGAUACUGUUCCGGCUUGACGAACAAAAGAGCCGAACCCUUCGGAUAAGGGUAAAUUCAGGGUUCUUGAAAGCAUUCAAUACUAUAUCAUUAACCUAUUGCCAGCCAUAGGUGUGGUUACUGAAAGUCGCUAUGUAAGAAAACAGUUGACCGCAAAGUCUAAUUUGGUUAUCGCGUCAAACCGAAAUGAGGUUGAAAAAUGGAUAAGAUUACUAUUGCUUCUUUACCAAAAGCAGUCACCAUGCCUUCAAAUGUGACAUUUAUGAAGCUUACGAGAAAUUCCAGUGUUCCUUUACGUAUUUUCAUAAACAGAAAGCGAAUUCUACUGACGAAUGCUGUGUCUAUUAAUGAAAAAUCAAUCAUCAAGCUUAGUUCAAUGAACAUUCUAAAACUAUCUAAUAACGACUUGAAUGACCUAAUCGGCGAUUUAAAAGAAGAUCUCACGAGGAUAUUUUGUGAAACAUCAUUGCUGGAGUUGUUUACCAACUUGCACCUGCUAAGUAGGAUAGUCAUAGACGAUUUGGGGAAAAGAUGGAAAGUUAAGAUGAUUACUUCUUUGAAUUAUAUCUUGAAUUUAAGAUGUAGGAUGAACCUUCUUUCUGAUAAUGACUUGAACUUUCUUAUUGAACGGAAAAUAAAUUUGGCUAAUUUACUAAACAAUCAUGUUAACAACUCAAUUCAUUUGAUUAAAAGAAAUAUACAGUUUGCUCACAUUCUCAAGGAGGACUCUGGUGAUAUGUCAAUGGAUACGAAUGAUGAUAAGAAGCAAGUAGACUACAAUUGGAAAAGAUAUAAUAUCCUUGGUAAUAGAUCUUUGAAUCCGGUCGAUCUCUAUGUCUGCAAAAGACCAAACGACUAACUCUAAUCCUGGACUUGCU